CUACCCACAUAUCUCUUAGAGCCACAAGGAGCCAAUCCCUAAAUAAAUCCUCAAAAGUCAUUUUAAGGCCACUCUUUCCUCAUUUUCUCCUCCCAUAUAUCACCUCCUCUUCACUCUCUUUUCUCUUUGAGACAAAACAUCAAACACCUUACUGGUAAAGCCAUGGCGUCUUCUUCUUCUCUCACUCUCUCUCAAGCUAUCCUCUCUCGUUCUGUCCCUCGCCAUGGCUCUGCCUCUUCUUCUCAACUUUCCCCUUCUUCUCUCACUUUUUCCGGCCUUAAAUCCAAUCCCAAUAUCACCACCUCCCGCCGCCGUACUCCUUCCUCCGCCGCCGCCGCCGCCGUCGUAAGGUCACCGGCGAUUCGUGCCUCAGCUGCAACCGAAACUAUAGAGAAAACUGAGACUGCCCUUGUUGACAAAUCUGUAAACACGAUUCGAUUUUUGGCUAUUGAUGCUGUCGAAAAGGCGAAUUCGGGUCAUCCGGGUUUGCCCAUGGGUUGUGCUCCGAUGGGUCAUAUAUUGUACGAUGAGGUUAUGAGGUAUAACCCGAAAAACCCGUAUUGGUUUAAUCGGGAUCGGUUUGUUCUAUCAGCUGGACAUGGUUGUAUGCUUCAGUAUGCUUUGCUUCAUCUAGCUGGCUAUGAUGCUGUCAGGGAAGAGGACUUGAAGAGCUUCCGUCAGUGGGGAAGCAAAACCCCUGGACACCCUGAAAACUUUGAGACACCUGGUGUUGAAGUCACCACCGGGCCUCUGGGACAAGGUAUUGCCAACGCCGUUGGCUUGGCUCUUGUGGAGAAACACUUGGCUGCUCGUUUCAAUAAGCCUGACGCUGAGAUUGUAGACCACUACACAUAUGUUAUUCUCGGUGAUGGUUGCCAGAUGGAGGGUAUUUCACAAGAAGCUUGUUCCCUUGCUGGACACUGGGGACUUGGAAAGCUGAUUGCUUUCUAUGAUGACAACCACAUCUCAAUUGAUGGUGACACAGAAAUCGCUUUCACUGAGGAUGUUGGUGCCCGUUUUGAGGCUCUUGGGUGGCACGUAAUCUGGGUGAAGAACGGUAACACUGGUUAUGAUGAGAUUCGUGCUGCUAUUAAGGAAGCAAAAACUGUCACAGACAAACCCACUAUGAUCAAGGUGACUACAACCAUUGGUUUUGGCUCGCCCAACAAGGCAAACAGUUACAGUGUACAUGGAAGUGCACUUGGAGCUAAGGAAGUAGAGGCCACCAGGAGUAACUUGGGAUGGCCUUAUGAGCCUUUCCACGUGCCUGAAGAUGUCAAGAGCCAUUGGAGUCGUCAUGUUACCGAGGGUGCUGCUCUUGAAGCUGGAUGGAAUACCAAGUUUGCUGAAUAUGAGAAGAAGUACCCAGAGGAAGCUGCAGAACUCAAAUCCAUUACAACUGGUGAACUACCUGCUGGCUGGGAGAAAGCUCUGCCUACCUACACACCUGAAAGUCCAGCGGAUGCCACCAGAAACCUGUCCCAACAAAACCUGAAUGCUCUUGCCAAGGUUCUUCCUGGUUUCCUUGGUGGUAGUGCUGAUCUUGCCUCAUCAAACAUGACCCUCAUGAAAAUGUUUGGUGACUUCCAAAAGAACACCCCAGAGGAGCGUAAUCUAAGGUUUGGUGUUCGUGAACAUGGUAUGGGAGCCAUAUGUAAUGGUAUUGCUCUACACAGCCCUGGCUUGAUUCCCUACUGUGCUACUUUCUUUGUGUUCACCGACUACAUGAGAGGAGCUAUGAGAAUUUCAGCCUUGUCUGAGGCUGGAGUUAUUUAUGUUAUGACCCACGAUUCAAUUGGUCUAGGAGAAGAUGGGCCUACCCAUCAACCCAUUGAGCACUUGGCAAGUUUCCGUGCAAUGCCCAACAUUCUGAUGUUCCGUCCAGCAGAUGGCAACGAGACAGCGGGAGCUUACAAGGUGGCUGUCCUCAAGAGGAAGACACCAUCAAUCCUUGCCCUCUCUCGGCAAAAGUUGCCACAACUUGCUGGAAGUUCUAUUGAAGGAGCAGCAAAGGGUGGCUACAUUUUAUCAGACAAUUCUUCUGGCAACAAACCUGAUGUCAUUUUGAUUGGUACUGGCUCAGAGUUAGAAAUUGCUGUCAAGGCUGCUGAUGAACUCAGGAAAGAAGGAAAAGCAGUGAGAGUUGUUUCCUUUGUUUGUUGGGAGCUUUUUGAAGAACAAUCAGCCGACUACAAGGAAAGUGUCCUUCCAUCAUCUGUUACAGCUAGAGUUAGCAUUGAGGCUGGAUCCACAUUUGGGUGGGAGAAAUAUGUCGGAUCAAAGGGGAAGGCCAUCGGAAUUGACAGAUGGGGUGCCAGUGCCCCUGCUGGAAAAAUAUACAAGGAGUACGGAAUUACAGCAGAGGCUGUUGUAGCUGCAGCUAAACAAGUUUCUUAGGCUUUAUUACUUACCCUUGGUUGCUGGUGUCUACCAAAUUUGUUUUCAUUUUGAAACUGAGGUUGGAGAUAACGGUGGAAACCAAUACCAAACGGACUCGGCAGUUCACUGUUGCCUGGUAUUUUCAAUAAAAACUAUUUCUUCAUCUGUCCUUUGUUUUCUUCAGUUUUAGUAGCGGAGCGGCCAAAAUGAAUCCAAGAUGAGGAUAGAAAUAGGAUUAUGGAUGCUCCUGACCAUGUACACUUAAAACAUAUCUGUGAGUUUUGUAAUUUUAUUUGGUCGAGUGAUACCAAGAUCUCAUUUUCAAUUGGAAAUUCAUGUCUUUUGAUAAA